AUGGCUAUUCUUCCUGCAGUCCCGGCCUUCUCCACUGCCGUCAUCGUCAAUGGCGAGCCAGCGGAUGAAUACCAACCCCCUUGCCCAAUCCCCUACGACGCUGAGUUUGAAGGUGUGCCUCGCAUUCGCUGCUUCAUCCCGGCAGAGACUGGGAACACCUACUCUGUCCGCUUUAGAUUAUCUCCGCGUUUCGACUUUGGCAACAAAACAGACACCCUUUUGGUCGCCAUCUACAUCGACGGGGCCCUCGUUGAAGAGACAAUUGUUUACAAAGAAUUGCUUCGUGAGCAAGAUUUCAUCGAUCACAUUAAGUAUCGCCAUCAGCACCACUCUGAUGGGUCUCGCACCUACCACGAGUUCUGGUUUCGGGACCUCGCUCCUGCUGAAUGUACUUCUGCCGCGACCCUCAAUGCUGAUAUGCAGCUUGUGAAGACUCUGGGCACAAUUCGAGUCGUCCUCAAGCUUGCAAAGAACUUCGGAAAAGAUCCUUCAGCGGACCAUUGUCUCGGAGAAGAGAUCAGUCGUUCUUUGGAGCCAUCGUGUAAGGCACUGGCCCUUAAUGGGCAUGGGCAAACUCAUGGUACCGACUAUAUGGAAGUCGAUGUCGACGUUCCCAUUGCGUACUACGUUAUUGAUACCAGAGAAACCAUUGGAUGCUUCGAUUUCGUUUAUCUCUCGCCGGAUACCCUCAAGGCACAGGGUAUUAUGGACCUGAAGUUCAUCAACCAGGUAGCGCAGGGAGUGCCUCAGACGUUUGAACCUGCUCCAAAACCCCCUCGAUUUCCUGCUCGGACCCUGUCGAAUGGAUGUCUUGAGAUUGAUCUUACUGGUGAUGAUGAGUGA